CGAUGCUUAUUGUUUCCAACGACUACCAGCAUGGGCAUACGAGGACAAGACGGAGAUACUAGCUACGGAUAGUGCUGGAAAUGUUUAUAAAUGGAAAUUCAACUCUGGAAAUGCGACUUCGCAUGCAGCUUGGCAGGCGUUUCACAGCCAUAUUGAUACAGCCGCUGCCUCUGUCAAAAAUGCGUCACCCUGGAACCCAGUUGUUCUUAAGGGAAACUCUAUAAGUAUAAAUCAAGACUCAUUCAUGUAUCGUACUCAAGGAUCUACUAAAUCAGUCCUGCUUGAUGAUGAUAACUGUGACUGUAUAUCUACUUUAAAUAUCGGAGGAUCAUUGUGCGGUGCAGGUGCUGGGAAAGGGAACGACUACGGUGUGGACAAUCUUUAUGACCCAACCUGUGGUGUUCCUAAGCCUUCCAAUGGACUUCGCUUAUAUUAUCGAACUGAAAACGAAAUGUCAUUUACGGCAUAUGGCAUGGAAUGGACGGCGUUUUGGUGGUGGACAAAAGAUGCAACGUGGCCGAAAACUGAAAACGACGUCUUAGGGUACGAAUAUGGACAUUCCAAAGAAUACGACGUGUAUUGCUUCCAGCGAUUACCAAAAUGGGCAGUAGAAGAUUUUACGCAUCUUUUAGCAGUAGAUACCGCUGGUAAUACCUACAUUUGGAAAUUCAGUUCCAGUAAUCCAACAGCACACGCGGCCUGGCAAGCACUUCAUGAUCAUCAAAUUACUUUGGCGACUAAAAUCCAAAAUAAUAGAGCAUGGAACCCUCAAGUGAAGAAAGGGAUAAAACCGAAGAAGGUGGGUACAAAGAGUUUACUUCCUUUAACUUAUUUAAACGAAGGGAUUAUAGAAAUUGAGGUACGUCCAUGCGGGAUUCUAAAUUGGCUGCGUUUUGUGAAGCAUGUGGCGGAAUUUGUAAAACAUUUGGGUAAGAGCGCUUUUUACUCGAUCACUCGUUGAAAAUUGUGCUCUGGACUAGAUGACCAGAUAGAGAUCCUAUAAUAGUAAAUACAACAAAUUUCCCAGCCAAAUUUUUGUGAUUUUGGUCGGAAAUUACAUUCCAAUAUGUCCAAAACCAUCGCUGCCUCACCUCCACUCAUUUUAAAUCGAGCAGAUUAUACGGAAAAAUCGGGCAAUUCUACUUAAAAAUCAGGGGCCGGUUGUUCAAAAGCCGAUUAGCUUAAACCUAGGUUAACUUAAAAUUCAAAGGAAACUUCCUGACAGUUAGUUUAAAAAUUUGGAAAUAUUUCUUUACAAAUCAUGUCGGUGUCAAUAGAAGUUUUCGUUUCUGACAUUUUGAAAUAAAUGGACAUUCAGAAAUAUGUCAAUUUUAAACCUGGAUUAGCUCUAAUCCGCCUUUGAACAACCGGCCCCUGGCAAUUAGUGAAAAGGUCGAUAAAAUAGUUGAUGUAAAGUUUAGUGGAACAUGUCAUUACUGAGAAUUUUUCGCAAAAUUCUUUACAGUUUAUACCUGGGGCCGACGAAGAUCAUACAUCACAGAAAUAAAAUUACAGACAUUAUUUUUUUAACUGUCUCAUAACAAAGAACGUUUAAAAUUAUCUAUAAAAUCUUGUUAAAGAUUUUUCCUUUCAAGCUUAACUCUUGAAAUAUUUUGACUGAAAGCAAAGAGCUGUCCUCUAUUUUGGAAUAAUCCUUAACCUCAGGAGUAGAUCGAGUUAGCCGCAUAAAAUGAAUUCUAACUUACAUGGUAACAAUCAAAAGUUGAUACUUGUUGUGUUUUGUACUCAGGUGAAUAAGAUGCUUGUAAUGUUACUCUGAGUGUAUAUCCACACCGGGCAGGCUUGAAAAAUAUGCCUGGCCACGGUGGGAAUCGAAUCUACGACCUUUGGAAUACUAGCCCAAUGCUCUGCCAACUGAGCUAGUAUUCUAAUGCUCUGCCAAUUGGGCUAGUAUUCCAAAAGUCGUAGGUUCGAUUCCCACUGUGGCCAGCCAUAUUUUUCAAGCCUGCCCGGUGUGGAUAUGCACUCAGAGUAACAUCACAAGCAUUUUAUUCACCUGAGUACACAAUACAACAAGGUUCAUGAUUUUUAGAUUACACUGAUAUCGAAGGAACUAGACUCAGUUCCGAAAUAUCACAUACUCGAACCGAUCUGACCACGUAGCUCAGUUGGCAGAGCAUUGGGCUAGUAUUCCAAAAGUCGUAGAUCGAUUCCCACCGUGGCCAGGCAUAUUUUUCAAGCCUGCCCAGUGUGGAUAUACACUCAGAGUAACAUCACAAGCAAAUCAAAAGUUGUUUAAAAAUGUUUUUUUCAAUUCGACAUUUGAAAUAGCAACCAAAAACAAGUUUCGGGUUCAUAUUGAUCACAGGCUGUCAAAAUUCAAAACUUGCGUGACCUCACUUAGUCCGCGUGUUGUGACCCGAUAUCGUUCACUUUCAUGAUGCAUGUCUUAGAUCUGAAAUAUUUUUACGGGAACUAACACUUUCGAACACGCUGAGUUCAAAUCCGAAAAGUUCCCACUCCGUAGACCAGCAGUUUUUUCACAAAAUGCUAUUUUAUCUUCACUAAUUUCACAACAAAUUUUUUCAUUGUUCAACGAUACGGAUCGACGACGAUACACGAUUAUGUCACUCAAAAGACCAGUCCCUAUUAACCAUUAUUCCUUUUAACAAAAGAUCGGUUUUGCUCGAAUCAUUUUGAUUUAUGCAAUCUUAUGCGUGUUGGACGUAAACAACAUAUCUUGUCUACAACUUUGAGAAGACACAGAUAACGCUUUCUAUAAUCAUCAGUUCUAGAGAUAUCUCUAUAAAAUCACAAGGACAUUAAUGCAAAGUCUUUUAGCUAUGUCACUGGCCUGAAAAAUAACUCUUUUAACGCGAUCAAGUUAUUUUAAACAAAAGUAACACGAAGCCAACGUAACGGCAAAGACAGCGCUAAAAUGAAAUAUUGUCGAAUGGUUGCUGCUAGAAGACUUAGGACAGGAUCAAUCUUAAAUAACCUUAAACUAUGAUAAUAAAUGUUCACAUCAAAGACAAAAAUCAGUCCCAAAGUAUAAAAUAUGUAAACUUACCACAAAGUGCAGAAAUGUGUGCAUGAGCUGUUUAUUUGAUGAUUUCAACGUAUAUAAAUCUAGAAGCCCUCUUUCCAAUAAUAUUCGCUUAUCGCACAGUAUAACACCAACUGAUGUAAUAGUUCAAAUGCAAUGAUAAGUUAAUCUUGAAUUACGUUUCGGAAACCGUGUUGGAAAUUUCAAUGCUGAUCCAUUACAUAUACUGUAGAUUACUGUCUUAUAUCUUUGUAUAAAACAUUUUGAUCGCAUGUAAGGAAUUAUUUCUCAUCCCAGGGACAUAGCACAAAGACUUGACAUUAACGUCCUUGUGAUUUUAUAGAGAUAGAUCCAGAACUAAGGAUUUUAGAAGGAAUUAUCUGUACCUUCUCAAAGUUGUAGACAAGAUAUGUUGUUUACGUCCAACACGCAUAAAAUUGCAUAACUCAGAAUGAUUCGAGCAAAACCGGUCUUUUGUUUAUUAAAGGAAGAAUGGUUAAUAGAAAUUGUUUCUUUUGAGUGACAUAAUCGUGUAUCGUCAUCGAUCCGUGUCGUUGAACAAUGAAAAAAUUGUUGUGAAAUUAGUGAAGAUAAAAUAGCAUUUUGUGAACAAACUGCGGGUCUACGGAGUGGGAACUUUACGGAUUUGAAAUCAGCGCGUUCGAAAGUGUUAGUUCCCGUAAAAGUAUUUCAGAUCUAAGACAUGCAUCAUGAAAUCGUUUUCUAGGCACUUUUCAAGGUCACAACACACGGACUAACUUGCGACGCAAUCAAGACAACGCAUAUCUUCAAUGAUCCAAGAUGGCGAACAGCGCAUUCUUUUUUAAUUUCGGUUGAAAUAUUUCAAGAAUCAAGCAAGAUAUGAAAAAUGUGUAACAAAACUUUUAUCGUUCGUUCAAAUAUUAAAGACAAUAAAUAUUUUUGUUGCAAUUGUCCUUCAACUUGUUUUUGUUUUGUUUUUGCAACAUUUUUUUUUAUUUCAGGACCAAGACUCGUUUCAGGACCAAGACUCGUUAAGGUGUAAAAUCAUUCUUACUGGAUGA